AGGGCAACGGCCUGAUUUGGCAGAAAGAGAAUCGAUGUCAUUACGUUGGAAGAAAUAUCGAUCGCGCACGAAUGAUCGGUUUCGUUUAAUGUAAACAAUUUGAAUCGAAUUAAAAUCGCGGUGUUAUGAGUUGGAAUUGAUCGGAACAGUAAAUCAGUUCGAGGCGCCACAGUAGGAGUCUUCUUUCGGGAGAGCCAGUCGAAAAGUCCGAUAUGGAUUUUAUCUUUGUUUCUGAAAGUGGGUCAGGACGGUCGGGCUGCUAGUGCGCAAGCUUCGAUUAUCGAUUAAAGCAGCGUUGCGUCCAGAAUCUGGAAUCUGGACGCAGGAUCUCGUCUAUGCGCUCCCUCGAGGGACCUAGUGGAACGUAGGAGAACGUAGAGCGUAGUGGCUGCCGAGUGAGGAGUGGUGUAUUCUUCUCGGUGGCUUUAGUGCCUCUUAAUGUCUCUAGGCCGGUGUUAACGCGGCUAAAUAAGAUGCGGUGAGGCACUGUGGAGUAGCGGUGUGUGCGGUGCGGUGUGUCUUUCGCGAAAUCGGCCAUUUUGCUACUAUCCAAGCUAAGUGUACGACUAAUAGGGGAUAGCAGAAGUCAGGAGAACCGUUGGCUGUUAUACCAUCGGGGCCAGGCUUACCGUCCUCCACGGAGGUGUUGGCAGUUGAUCGCAGUCAGUGGCGGUCGGUGCCAGUUCUCUCUUGGCUACGAAUCAUUGUUCCGUUUGUUAUCGACGUACACAAUACGUGAAGCAUUUAACUGUUCAUCUACGAGAGUGCAAGCCUCCUAGUGCGAAAAAAUGGCAGGGAACGUAGGGAUGGAGCAGUUGAUCCCAAUUGUGAAUAAACUCCAAGAUGCAUUCACACAACUCGGUGUGCAUAUGCAGCUGGACUUACCGCAAAUUGCGGUAGUGGGUGGUCAAAGUGCUGGAAAGAGUUCAGUACUUGAGAACUUCGUUGGCAAAGAUUUCUUACCAAGAGGUUCAGGUAUUGUAACUAGAAGACCUCUUAUUCUGCAGCUAAUUCACAGCAUCACAGAGUUUGCCGAGUUCUUGCAUUGUAAAGGAAAAAAGUUUGUUGAUUUCGAUGAGGUCCGUCGUGAAAUCGAAGCUGAAACGGACCGGGUUACUGGCAGCAACAAGGGUAUUUCCAACAUACCCAUUAACCUUCGAGUCUAUUCCCCUAAUGUUCUUAACUUGACCUUGAUCGAUUUACCCGGUCUGACAAAAGUUCCGAUCGGCGACCAGCCAGCUGAUAUCGAAGCACAAAUCAAGGGAAUGAUAUUCCAAUUCAUAAAAAGGGAUAAUUGCCUUAUAUUAGCUGUCACGCCAGCGAAUACCGAUUUGGCGAACAGCGAUGCUCUCAAGCUUGCAAAAGAGGUUGAUCCUCAGGGAGUACGCACGAUCGGUGUUAUCACUAAGCUGGAUCUUAUGGACGAUGGCACCGACGCGAGGGACAUCUUGGAAAACAAGCUGUUACCGUUACGAAGAGGUUACAUAGGCGUUGUAAAUAGAAGCCAGAAAGAUAUCGAAGGUCGUAAAGAUAUCAAGAAUGCUUUGGCAGCUGAACGAAAGUUCUUCCUUAGUCAUCCAUCCUAUCGGCAUCUUGCAGACAGAUUAGGUACGCCGUACUUACAGAGAGUUCUUAAUCAGCAACUGACGAAUCACAUCAGGGAUACUCUUCCUGCGUUGCGAGAUCGUCUACAGAAGCAGUUGCUCACCCUGGAAAAAGAUGUCGAGCAAUACAAACAUUUUAGGCCCGACGAUCCGGCCAUAAAAACGAAGGCUAUGUUGCAGAUGAUACAACAACUCCAAUCGGAUUUUGAAAGGACUAUCGAAGGUUCGGGCUCUGCGCAAAUCAACACCAAUGAGCUGAGUGGCGGUGCUAAGAUAAACAGAUUAUUUCACGAGCGUUUCCCAUUUGAAAUUGUUAAGAUGGAAUUUGAUGAGAAGGAACUACGAAGGGAGAUAGCGUUCGCCAUCAGAAAUAUUCAUGGUAUCAGGGUUGGUCUCUUCACUCCGGAUAUGGCCUUCGAGGCUAUAGUCAAAAAGCAAAUAAAUAGGCUCAAGGAGCCCAGUCUCAAAUGUGUGGACCUAGUCGUACAGGAACUUAGCAACGUUGUGCGCAUUUGUACAGAUCGGAUGUCACGGUAUCCUAGAUUAAGGGAGGAGACCGAGAGAAUUAUAACCACCUACGUCAGGCAGAGGGAGCAGAUGUGUAAGGAGCAGCUGGUGCUUCUAGUUGAUUGUGAGCUUGCCUAUAUGAACACAAAUCACGAAGACUUUAUUGGGUUUGCCAACGCGGCGGCCAGUAGCCAUAAUGCAAGUGCUCAGCAAUCCUCAGAGAACGCGGUUAAAGCUGGAAGACACACAUUGGGCAAUCAAGUGAUCCGCAAAGGCUAUAUGUGCAUACAUAAUUUGGGUAUCAUGAAGGGUGGCUCCAGGGACUACUGGUUUGUCUUGACUUCAGAAAGCAUCUCCUGGUUCAAGGAUGAAGAAGAACGUGAGAAGAAGUACAUGUUGCCGUUGGAUGGAUUGAAGUUGCGAGAUUUGGAGCAGGGCUUCAUGUCUCGACGGCAUUUGUUUGCUCUCUUCAAUCCUGAAGGCAGAAACGUGUAUAAGGAUUACAAGCAGCUUGAGCUUAGUUGCGAGACGCAGGAUGACGUCGAUUCGUGGAAGGCGUCCUUCCUUAGGGCAGGUGUUUAUCCAGAGAAAUCGACAGAACAGGCCAAUGGCGAGGGCGAGGAAGGAUACGAGGGUGGCAACGAAGGCCAAUCAUCGAUGGAUCCUCAACUGGAGCGUCAAGUCGAGACAAUCAGGAAUUUGGUAGAUUCCUACAUGAAGAUCGUCACCAAAACUACUCGUGAUCUUGUUCCAAAGACCAUUAUGCAUCUGAUCAUUAACAAUGCGAAAGAUUUCAUCAAUGGCGAGCUACUGGCACAUCUGUACGCAAGCGGCGACCAGGCCUCAAUGAUGGAAGAGUCUCCCGAGGAGGCUCAGAAGCGAGAAGAAAUGUUGCGCAUGUACCAUGCAUGCAAGGAAGCACUUCGUAUCAUCGGGGAUGUUUCUAUGGCCACCGUGUCGACGCCUGUACCACCACCUGUGAAGAACGACUGGUUGGCGUCGGCCGAAAAUCCCAGUCUUGGAUUAUCCCCGCCGUCUCCUGGUGGACCAAGACGUGGCGUAACACAGCCAAUGCCGACGGGAAGCUCGCGAGCGCCACCUCCCGUACCUGGAGGUGGACGACCUGCUCCAGCGAUUCCGAAUCGACCUGGACCCGGUGGAGCGCCACCAGCGCGUUCGACGCCCGGCCUACCUCCUCCCCUGAUACCAUCGCGCCGACAAUAAGUCUUCGCACUAACACCUAUUUGCUACUAAUCGAUAGGACACAAAUACAUAUUAUAUAUACAAACACCAGAGUACACACCACUUAUAUAUAUAUAAAAUUAUAUAUACUUGUUGCAUAUAGCUCAUAAAACAUUUAAUACUUAACGUGUUCUCACAAAAUUGUAUUCAUUAUCUGCAUAUGGAUAAGUAUCUCACGAGACUAAUGUUAUUGGGGUUAUGCGGUUCUCUAUACGAACGAACAUUCCUGCCUUGAUUCGUUUUGACGCUCGCCUGUGUCGUUCGCUUUCGAAAUUGUUAAAAACAAAGGAAACACGUUAAAGACAACCUAAUAUCCUUUCGUCGGCUAAACGACACGUGUUUGACUAGGAAACAGAGAUCUGCAUAUCCCUAUUAGUAAUUCUAACGGUACUGUUUGCACUAGUCGAUAGUCCAAUUAUUUGACUAACAGUUGCGAGUUCUUCUUUCUCCAUUAUAUAAUGAAAUAACGGAUAGGAUCGACUCGCCUCUUCAUUCUACAUCAGUCUGUUCGAUGACCUGUUACCUGUAUACUCUUAAUUGUACAUGAUGCCUGUAUAUAAUACUGGACAUGGACACGAGUAAAAUGUUCGGCGAACAAGUUUUUGGCUUUGUUCUCCUUUGUUGGCUGUUCAAGGUCCUCACUAACAGCAUGACAUUGAUCCCCGGUUAAAGGAUUAAAUUUAAAAAACUGACAUAACUUACUCGAGAGAUAUCGAAUAUGGUGUGCUGGCUUUGUUCCUUUUAAAGCGAAACCUUCCUUCCUGCAUUCCUCUCAUGGUAUCUCAUGGUACAUUUGCGUGAUUCGUGCGUCUCUAACUCAUUGUUGGUCGGUCGUAUUAUCGAAAAUGAGACAUGUCGGUGCCUGCAUGAAAUUUAUAAUAAUUACACGGUAUAAUCACACGAGACACUAGUCACAAUUAAUUAUGCAAUAUAUUAUAAGGACCGAAGAAGAUGCACCGAUAGGAUAUUAUUAUUAUUUUCUUUCUUUUUUUUUCCGAAACGAAAAACCAAUGCAUGACUCUGGUGGCGGUGCUGCCUUGUAUAAUAUCGGUGCGUCUCAUUCGGAUAAGGAAGUUUUGCCUUUAAUUAGGAGGCUUUAUACGGUUUGGAAGUCUGUCAGUCGAAGCUGACCGUGAGUCUUCGUGAUAUGUGUUUAGUCGCGGGGGUGGUCUACAGCAGAGGGUGACGCAGGCUGCUACACAGGCUGCUGCUAAUGCCGCUGUGAACGAGCUCAUGGAUGCAUUCAGGAUCAAGUAAAUAAUUGUGAAAAUGUUGAAAAAUAACGUAGCGCUUCAUCUUCGACUUUUGAAAUCCCUAUUGAUUGCAAUGGAUAAUUCUUGUUACUUAACUCUAGUAGACGGUAGACUUUCUGGAUAAAUUUAACCGAUCUUUUCUUUUUCUUUAUUUCUCUCUCUGUUUAACAGUUAUUUCUUAUGUGCAUGGUUCGUUUUUUUUUUUUUUUUUUAUUAGAGAAAACCUUUUAAAUUUUAUGGGUUUUUUUUUUUCAUUAACAAAGAGUCGCACAGGCACGUGCUUUGGAUAGAUCGGGGAAACGGUUCGUGUGGCUUGUGUAAGGAUGAUUUAUAUGAUUUUUUUUAUUUUGCUUUAUCUUGGCGAUCGAUUUUCUGAAUCAUUGUACGAUCAGUCUGUCUAUUGAUAAAUCAGAGUUUCACUGAUGUCUGAAUCACCGAGAGAAAUAACAUUGCAAUCGAUGACGGAUUCUUUGAGCUAUUCGCCCAUAGACUAAGGAUUAGAACGUGGGACGUGGAUGUAAAGAGCUGCAGUCCCAAAAAGUCUGACAGAAGUUCUCGCGUAAUUUCGUGUCGAAUCGACAUUCCGAUAAUAUAGGAAAUGUUCUCAUAUAGAUAAAUAAUAUAUAUAAACACAUAUAAUCGAGAAUAGUAAGAUCUCUGUUAUGCGAGAGAAAAAUAUACGAGGAAUGUAAAGAGAAAAUAAGAAUCGUACCUCACGUAUGUCUAUGUAAGUUCGAACAAUGUCAUGCUGUUGGAUGAAAAUUGGACUUUGAUUAGCAGCGAGUUGUAUAAAAGAUCAUUAUUGCUUAUUGAGCGUUAACGAUUUUAGCCGUAAAGCAGAGUCUAUCAGUGACUAAGGCAAAGCACGAGUAUAAAAAGUAAGAAAAAUAAAGAGGAAAACAGAGCGGAAACAGCGAUACGGAAUUUCAGUACUUUGAAUCGCAAUCAUUGUUCGUGCUGUGUAAAGUUUCCCUUAUACUAUAUUGUGUACGUUAAAUAAAAAAUACGUAUGAGAUGAUUAAUUGAAAGAAAAAGUAAUAAAAAAAAAAAGAGAUAUGCUCAGACAUAGGAUGUGAUAUAAUAGCGUAGACGCUUCGUGGAUUUUGCAUGAAAAUCCCGGAUUCGCGAAUAUUUUGAUCUGUAUCUAAUAGCGCUACUAACGACACUAACGAAUAUUAAGAGUAAAUAAUCAUCGUUUCCAGAGUCCCUCGAAUACCUGCGUGACUACCCGGUAUAUGUAUAUACCGUGUGACGUUCACAAUUUUCCAGGAGGUAUAGAAAAUAUGAUAAUUUUUGUCUUUUCACUGCUUCCUUCCUGCGUCCUCGUUAUGAACCGUGUAAGUCGAAGAUGGUCGGGCAUCGCGACGCGGGUACUUUUGAAAUCGUUAAUCGCAAUGCUAAUUGGAAAUUAUUUUUAACUACGUCCAGUAAUCGAAGGGUUUCCAGUUUGAAUCUUUUGAAUUGUGCGAAAAAGAAAAAAUGCAUAUUUGUCACAGUCCUACUCUUUCUUGUCUUAAGUCUCCUUAUUGACGUCUGGUAUAACUCUGUAAUUAAUUAAAGCGACGUGAGUCCUGUACGUUAUACCUUGAGAGCUGCUACGUACAGCCAGAAGUAAAAUUAUUCGUAUGAUAAUUGUACAGUGUAAGGUGUAUAUCGUUUUUUUUUUUUUAGUAAUGCCGAGCAAUCUUGCCACAUUAACGAUGAUUGGACUCGCGUGGUAAAAUCAUGACGUAGCUAGAAGAAUUCGUAGUGCGCAAAUGAGUCACCGUUGCGUUAGGUGGACAAAAGUGGCGCCACUAGUCAGGAAUCUUAGCGAGAUCGAUAACUAUUACAGAGUAAGCAUUGCUUCUUACGAAAAGCCGCCAAUUAUCGACAAGAAUAUUGUUUCUUAAGGCAUAUCAAGUUGUUGAAAAGAAAGGAAAAGAAAGAGCUCGUAAGAAUUUAUUAUUUAUUCGCUCGUUCGUUCUCUCGGGUCUGUAGGAGAGUAGGAAAACGUUUCAUAGGGAAAGUACAGCAUGGCGACCGGGAGACGAGAGGGAAGAUCGAACAACGAAAAGACACGGUGGUAGGAUUGAACUAUACUAAAAAUAAAAAAUAUUCUAAACCGCGUCCCGCGUUGUGGCGAUUUCGUUGUCGGUCAUUCAGUAUUUGUAAGUCAAUUAUAAUCGAAAAAUAUCUUUUUUUCUCAAAGAGAGAAACGUCGUUCGUUAACAUUCCGCAUAAGGGCUUAGCUGUUAAAUUUAUUAUCAAGUUGAGAAAUUUUGACAAGGCGCAAAGGGAUUGGGGAUGAUUAAUUAUCCAGUGACAGUUGAGACACGUGUUUUAUCAGGGCACAAGAUGCAGAUGAAGGUUUGAGCAAAUUGAAGUUUUAGUCGCGCCAAUGUUGAUGCACCGUAAUUGUAUAUCGGAUUGCUUGAAUAAUUGAAAAUUUUGGGGUGAAUUAAAGAAGAAGAAAAAGUAACGUUGGCAUAUAUUGUAGAAUCGCGUGAGAAGGGCAGAGAUAUUUAAUCGUCUACGUAGGUAGGUCGUAUAGUAGGACGUAGUUUUGUGCGGCAAAAGGGAAAAAUUCAGUCCCCGAAAGGAAGUUAAAUUCAUUUGUGGAUAUUCAACUUUGAACUCGUGAUCAUUUUGCAUUCCCCUAAUCGUCGUGCUCGUUCUUCCUUGACUUUUCACUUCAUAUCUACGUCCACUCUGACAUUCCUCUUCGAGCCUAAGAUCCUAAUAUUCUGCCUGUAUUUGCUACUCGUGUGCCCGUCAGAGCCGUGUACAGUGUAAGUAUUUCGGUUGAAUCGCGAUUACAUGUAAACGCAUCGACUAAAUUUUUCCAUCUGUUACCGAAACGUCCCUGCGAUCUCACAGUCUGGACUCAGUGCAGGAACGCGUUAUAUGCUUUCAUCCUAAAGCCUUACGUAAUAAAAAAAAAAAAGCUAGUUAUCGAUGCUUACCGCGGCGUAACACGUUGGCCAAGUAUUGUUGUACCGAGUUGAAUAUUUGCAAAGUGCGAUAACUUUUAGAGUGAACGCUACGUAGAGUCGUUCAAGCUAGAAUAUACGAUGGAAAUCUCUCUGGGGACAUUCGUCAGGGUGAUCUGAGCCACGUUUGUAGGUUAUCGAGGCUGAUAUCGAUAAUCCGGAAUUUCUACGAUAAAGAGCCUCUCUCGAGGCGAUGAAUCUUUAUGAAAUUUCCACACGUGGAGCAGAUUCCGUCCUGCCGAUUAUCUCGUGGAUAUCAAUGUAAGAAUAUCCAUACGUGCGAGGAGGAGGUACACAUGACAGAUUGACACAUACACAAACACCGAUUAUCGCAAUAUAAAUGUGUAUAUAGGUAAUAAUAUGUUAUAGAAUAUUAAACGAGUAAGAUAUAACUAA